AUGACAGGUCCCAUAAUCGCAAGGUUCAUUCCAGAAGUCUCCAGAAGUCGUCCAAUCGAGAAGCACAAGAUGACCGCCACACAGCCACCCAUAUGGUACCUCGUCCAGCCGGAGGCAGACACGGAGUUUGUUGCGCACUUUGUGCAUUCGCAAGCGUUCGGAUACCCGGUCUGCUCCCGGUUCCGGAGGCAGCACGACGAUAUCAUCACAGAGCAUUGUCUCGCAGUUUUGGAAAACGUCAUCGCUGUGUACAGGAAGAACGCAGUACAACAAGUACGUGAUGGCUUCUAUGCUCUGGCCGUCGGCAGCCUCACCAGUGCACUGGCUCUGCUGCCAAACAGCGUGGAAUUGCUGACAGAGCGGGCGGUCCUGCACAUCUGCAUUGGUGACCCAGCCGCAGCGGAGCUGGACACUUCCAUGGCUCUGGCACUCGACGACAGCAGCGCGGAUGCAACUUACUUCAGAGCGCAAGCGCGCAGCCGGACCGGCAACAUAUGGAGCGCGGAGGCCGAUUGGCACCGUUGCCUCCUGCUCGCGCGGCUCCAGGAGAAUGAGGCGCUGACGGUCAUGACUGAGCAGGAUCUGGUCGAGGCGGAGGAGUAUGUGGCCGACAUCGAGCGGUGGCGCGCGAUGACCGGUGAGGCAGGCUACAGGAAGAUGCGCGCCGAGAUCAAGGAGGCCUCCGCUGCGCGCGAGGCGCAAGCCGCUGAGCUGGCGAAGGAGGCCCUUGCGCAGGGGGCGUUCUUGUCCUGGCAGCGCUUCUCGGCCUUCGUGCGGCGCCAGCAGGAGGCCGUGUCCUUUACUGCCGCCGAGGACGUCAGCACCGCUGCCCCCCUCAGGAUCGAGGCGACCUGCGCGAAGGGCGACUCACCCCCUGACAGCCCUCGCAGUGUCGCCAGCGGUCUGCUGAGCGAAGCAAGCUCCCGGCCGGACAGCCCCAGGCACGCCGUCGAUGACAGCACUGCUGAUGUCAUCCACGCUGAGGUGGCGGCCAGCUGGCCGUCAACCGAGCGGUGUCACAGGGGACUGUCAGACGCGCAGCUGCUGGCCAUUGAAGCGGCGCUCAGCGAUCAGCCAAAUGACCCGGUCAUGCGCCUCGCCAGAGCCGCCCACCGCUUGUGCACCCGCGACAUGCAUGCUGCGGUGAUGGGCCACCUCCAGAGCUUCCUGGCGGGCCCGAGGGACAACGACAGCCUGGAAGGGACGGCCGCAGCAUGCAAAGCGUGCACAGCGCGACACGCAGAGCUGGCAGCACAGGCUCAUGCCGCCGCUGAGCUGGCGGCAUGCAGCAGCACCGCAGCUGCCGCGAAGCUGGCCCUGGCAGCCUUGCAGCCGGAAGCUGAUGUCAAGGGUAGCAGCAGCGCGCCAAUCUCAGCGCCUGCAGCCGCCACCGCCCAGCCGGCCAAGAUCAAUGAGAAGAGGAGGGGAAAGAAGAAGGGCCCUGGCCGGCGGCGCGAGAACAGAGUCAUGGUCCAUUACUGA